AUGACGUCUGUCAAAACAGAGCUGGUCGCUGAACCGACCAACAAAGCGGCGAAAGCCGGCGUGGACAUCACGGUAUCAUCUGCCGCACCGUCCUCGAAUAAAGAUGCUGCAGCUCCGCGCAAAGCGGGAAAGCUGGAUGUACUGGUACAGGGUGUUGCCCUCUUCUCGGACGGCUACAAUAUUCAGGUCAUCGGAUACAUGAAUACGGUUCUUGCCAAGCUGUAUCCCAAACAAAUGACAGCGACUGUCAAGACGCGGCUGUCCAACAGUAUUCUGAUUGGUGACAUUUUUGGCAUGCUCUUCUUUGGACUGUGUAUUGACCGGUUCGGACGAAGAAUCGGUAUUGUUCUGACUACGUUUUUCCUGGUAUUUGGUAUUGUUCUUGCCACGGCGGCUCAUGGCACUUCCGUCGAGGGCAUGUUUUGGAUGAUGGUCAUUGGCCGUGGCAUUGCCGGCUUUGGUGCUGGCGGCGAGUACACGGUGUGCACUUCCCAGGCGCUCGAGUGCGCCGACAGCACCGAAGCGAUGAGGCGCAGGCGUGGAAUGCUUGUCGCCGUCUCUACCAACGCUGCCAUCAUCUCUGGCUUCGUCGGGUCUAGCAUUGUCUCCUUGGUUGUCAUCGCUGCUUAUGGCGGCCGAGCAAGCGACGGCAUUUGGCGCAUCUGCUUCGGUAUUGGCACUUUUCUACCAAUGCUCAUAUUCUUCUUUCGCAUGCGCCUGGUCGAUUCAUCGCAGUACCAAAAGCACGCCAUCCAGAAGAACAUUCCCUACAAACUUGCCCUCAAGCUCUACUGGAAGCCGCUUCUCGGUUGCUGCGCUGCGUGGUUCCUGUACGAUGCUGUCGUGUACCCUUUCAACCUGCUUGCGCCGACUCUUGUUGCUGGGUUUUCCUCCCAGCAGUCCAUGGUUGAGUCUAUUGGCUGGUCCGCCCUGAUCAACGCCUUUGCGCUGCCCGGAGCUUUCAUCGGCGCUAUGCUAAUGGACCGUAUCGGUCGCCGCCAGACAUACACUUUGGGGUGGUCAAUUGUCUGCGUCCUUGGCUUUGCCAUUGGCGGCUCCAUGAUCCCACUAAGCAACAUUUUCCCACUCUUUGUAGCCCUGUACGGUCUAUUCCAGACAUUUUUAUCCGUCGGCCCCGGAGACUGCAACUUUUUAGUCUCGAGCGAGUCUUUCCCCACACCUCUCCGCGGACACUUUCUUGGCUUCGCUGCCGCGGUGGGAAAGGUUGGGGCGGCGGUCGGCACAGAAGCUCUCUCUAAAGUUAUUUCAAGCUAUGAUGAGCGUCUAAAGGGCCAACAGGCACUGUUCCUGAUUGGUAGUGGCAUAUCUGUUGCGGGAACACUUUGCGUCUGGUUCUUGAUUCCCAACGCCCCGAAGAACUUAGAGGACGAAGAUAUGCGUUUUAAGAAAUACCUCGAGGAUAAUGGCUAUGACACGAGCAACAUGGGCUUGGCCAGCGUAAAGGUUGAGCAGUAG